CCUUUGUUAACGGUGAUGCCUGAUGGAAAGAAAAAUUAAUGCGGAGAGUCAUUCCCGUGCUUGCUCAGGUCAUUGAGGCGAGGGAGAGUGCGAUAGCGGCAGCGGCUAGGUUUGUCUUCGUGUUUCUCCAGUUGUUGGGUUAUCGCUUGUAGAGCAAUGGAGACGGACGAAAUGGGUCUUGUGGAAUUGUUUGGUUACGACAAGCUGGAAAGAGAAUUAAUCCUCAGACAAAACAAUUAUUCUUCACCUUCGACGCUAUUUGACGCGAUAAAUGAUGACCGUGAUGAGAUGACAUCAGAGGAAGCCUACUCCUACAGCGAACAAGUUUUGAAGAGUGACGGCUUUGAUGUUUCUGACAUCCCUGGCGUCAAUUGUUUCCACCAAAUUCAACCGUGCAACAUAGACUACGAUUAUGAUAUGUAUAAACGGUAUUCGCAGCUCGCAAUCGACGAAUACAAUCGUCGGUUCGAGGAUGCCAAUGCAGAGUUGGAGUUUGUUAAGGUCUUGAAGGUAAUGGGUCAGGCUGCCAACGGAAUCAGGUAUUAUAUAACCUUCAUGGCCAAGGAUCUUGGCAAUGGAGGUGAGAUUAAGACGUAUCAAGCUGUGGUAUUAGAUGGGAUAGACUCUAAGACAGCGAAAUCCUUUAGGCUAAAGCCCCCCGAGGAUGGGCGAGAUUCUGGCAGUCAUGGGAGACACUGGUUUUGGGAAAAUCACCUUUGCAAUGGUGAAACAUGUUGUAUUUGAAGAUCUUUCAAGAGGUGAAAUGUGUAUGAAGUUUAACAAUGCUGUUGGAAUUAGGAAACAUGAAUUAUACAAGUUAAAUGGAAAGAUGGUG